CUACGCUUCCCGUCUUCUGUGCGAGGUGUGCCUUUGCAAUUGCGGCUCUUUCUCGGUCCAGACCCUCUUUCUGGGGCAGGAAAUGUCUUUAGGCACGCUUAUCUGUGACGGAUCAGACCAAUGUGUCGUGCCAGUUGGUCUGGUGAAGGCUCUGCGACUGGACAUCGGACUCUCGCAGGACGGGACUGGUGCGGCGGGGUCUCCGGCGGUCCUUGUGGGUCUCCACGGCUGCAAGCUGCAGGAGCCAAUAUCCAUAUUAUACUAUCGUAAGUGCAGUUUGCAUCGGCGAACGUCUCUCUGGCCGGCUCGGCAUGCGCCCACAACUGGUUACUAACACGUAUGCGUCAGUCGCCACGCUGCACGACCGCAAUUCCGUGCUUCUGGGCACCGGGUUGCAGUUCAGAGCGAAAGUGUUGCAGUACCUCUCGUGGGGGAAGUGCACGGUGGCCAAACACGCAGCCAGCAUCAGCAGUGUGUUGCUGCGCCGGGUGCCGUUCAACAGCACGUCUCUCGACUUCUCCAACGCGGAGAUCGACGCGUGUGCCAAAGAGCUGGAGCAGAGACUCGCCACACACACCUACCUCGUCGGCGAAAGGGUCACUCUGGCUGAUCUCUACGUCGCCUCGUGUUUCUUCUCCUGUCUUGGCCUGACACUCGGCACGCAGUGGAGAGAGACGCACCCUGUCUUUAUGCGGUGGUUUGACACAGUCGCUCGCACGGAGUAUCUUGUCCACGCUUUGGAGCAGCUCACGUUCGUCGACAGACCGUGCAAGACGCCGAAGUUCGCCUCCAGGAGAAGGAAGCCGCUGCAUCCGCUCGAGUAUCUUGGCAAGCCGGCGAUCUCUCUCAAAGUCUGGAAAAGGGUCGCAGGCGACUUCCGAAGAGGCCAGUUCCACUCGGUCGCUAUGCCCUACUUCUGGAACACCUUCUUCAACCCCCGGGAUUGGUCCAUAUGGGGAGUGGACUACUACUGUCCCGACGGCGUUGCCGACGACGUUUUCGAGGAGGAUCUAAAUCAGUACAUGCAGAGACUGCAUUUUUCCAACAAGUUUCUCUACGGCGUUAUGUGUCUCUACCGUAAAAACGGGAAGCUUCGUUACUUCGGUGCCUUCCUCGUCAGAGGCACCAACGCUGCUCCGGCCUUCAACUGUGUUUCCAGCUGGAAGGACAUCAACUACACCAGGCUGGACCCCUCCCGGCCCGAGGUGAGGAGACAGGUAGCGUGUGUGUGGAGCUUCUGCCAGUGUAUGUUUGGUAACCAGCAGAAAGCGUGCGCUUACCACCUCUGAACGUCGCCAUGUACAGCAUUCUAUAGCUAAAUCUCUUUCUGUUGUCGGC